AUGGCAGAGCUCACGAGCACGAAACUCAAUGCCGAGUCGCAUCUCCUGCUCGACCAACCUCUCCUCCGCAUGCCAUACGAGCUUUCCCGGCGCAACUUCAAAAAUGCUCAGCGCGUCAUUGAGCACUCCUCGACCGCCCUGCCCACCGCCCUCGGCGCAACCGCAAAAGCCGCAAACAAAAACGCCUCACCAGAAGCUACCCUCUCCUCGCUCGACUCGCUCAUUACCAAAAUGCAAGGUCUAAAACGCAAACUCGAGGGCCUCCACGAAGAAGAAAACCGUCUCCAUCGCGCCGCCAAAGCGCGCCUGCAACACCUACAGGACCUAUAUCAAGUCCAGAGUCUCGUCGACGUUAAAUACGACGAGUGGUCGCGCACACGACUUAGCAGGCUACUCGUAGACUAUCUACUCCGCGAGGGAUAUGCAGAAAGCGCUGCAUGCCUGGCGCAAAGCAAGGGGAUCGAAGAUCUAGUCGAUGUAGAAGCAUUCAUAGCGUGUCAUAAGAUUGAACGGAGUCUCCGCGAGGGGAUGAGUACGGCGCUAGCGCUUGAGUGGUGCAAGGAACAUGGCAAGGAGCUCAAGAAGGGGGGAAGCAUGUUGGAGUUUGAGUUGAGGCUGCAGCAGUAUAUUGAGCUUGUGAGACAGGGGCAUGAGGCGGGGUUGAAAGCAAAGUUGGUGGAGGCCAGGGCGCAUGCGAAGAAGUAUCUUAGUGCGAGUGGGGAUUUCACAUUGAUGAGGCAGGCGGCGGGUAUGUUGGCGUACAGGCCAUGGGAUGAGGUGGAGCCGUAUGCUUCUCUCUACUCUCCCUCCCGCUGGUCCUACCUCGCAGACCUCUUCGUCUCAACCCAUCACACCUUGUACUCGCUCCCACCCCGCCCCCUCCUCCACAUCGCCCUCAGCGCGGGUCUUUCCGCCCUAAAGACACCAGCCUGCCACUCCGAAUACAUUCCCUCGGCCACAAACGCCGCGUCCUCGGCCACAACCGUCUGCCCGAUUUGUAGUGCUGAGCUCAAAGAACUAGCGCGUAACGUGCCGUAUGCGUUACAUACCAAGAGUAUCGUUGAAGAUGCACCAGUUGUACUGCCCAAUGGUCGUAUUUACGGCUCUGAGAGACUGCGUAUUUUCAAUGAGAAGGUGGGGACGGAGCCGGGGUGGGUUAGGGAUCCUGUGGCUGGCUUGACGGGGGAGAAGUGGAAGGAGAGUGAGGUGCGGAAGGUGUAUAUUAUGUGA